GAGUCCUCAAUUAUAUAACCAAAACCAUAAGAUUCAUUUAAUCUGAAAUGAAGAUCAACGGUUUAUAUUCCUUGAGUUAUCAAAGGUACAGAUAAUAGUUGUUAACGUAGGCGUGCAGCGUACACCAGGCAUGCGCUAGCCUUUGCCACAUAUAUAUUUGUAUAUACUUAGUGUAUGCACAUUAAGUUUUGCUAUUUAAACCAUGAAUUGACCGAAGUUUGAGGCAUGAUACUAUACCCUAACCUUUAAUAUGUGAACCCCACUCCUCAAUUUUGUAACCCAAUCUAUAAGAUUCAUUGAAUCUUAAAAUGGAAAUCAACGGUGUAGAUGUCUUGAAAUUAUCAAAGUACAAAUAAUAUGUGUGAACGUAUGCGUACACGUGCCUAUAAAAGAUAAAUUAAAGAAACUAGUCAGUGUGUUGAAUUAAUUUCUUGGAAAGCAUUGACGACAGUGAACCUCAUUUCAGGUUGACGGUUAAGCAGUGAAUCUCUAGUUAAUCGGGCUGCGGACCAAUUGGUUUGACAGUUAAUCGGAUUACGGGUCAAUCGGGUUAUGUAUUGAACAUGUUGCAUACCAUUGACUUUUAGUCAAUUCAGAGUGUGGUGGAGUGGCGAUUCGGGUUAACCGGAUGAGUUAUGUUUUGACAACUCUAGUUGUACCAAUUUGGGGGGUUGUUUUCGUCAAUUCAUAUUGCGUUCUAAGUUGUGAUUCUGGUUAACCGGGUGGAUUUUGUUUUGACACCUCUAGUUGGACCCAUUUAGAAGGGGGAAUGAAUGGAAAGUGGGAGAUGGAAGACAGGCCAAGCACUAUAAAAUAUAAAUACCCGAAGCGUGGAAUUUUCAUCCUAGAGCCAAUCCAAUACAUCAAGUACUCAACUUCCCCCUACUCUGUAUAUGUUGGCCGAAAAGGAAAAAUGCCUUUAGUUACCGAGACCGUGACAUAUAGGAUGUUGUCCUCCGCCAGCGAUGUUUGGACCGCCGUCACCGCCGCCACAGCUGUUUUCCCGAUGGCUAUGCCCAACCUCUACGCCGGCAUCAAGCGCAAUGGCCGCGACGGCUUCACCGAAGGCUCUAUGCGUGACAUCACAUUUGGUCCUGCUUACAACAUGGUGGUGGGAUCGGCGAGGGAAGAGAUCUUUGAAGUUGACCAUUCGAACAUGACGAUGAAGACGUUGAUGAAUGACGACGGAGCAUUCGUGCCGCGGCUCUUCGACAGCGUCGACAUCACCACGGCCGUGGUGCCUUCCUCCCGCACUAACCUUAGGGCCACAGGCUGCACGAUUACUUGGUCGUUUAGGUACGAGAGUGCUAGGGGUAACGGCGACAUUAACUACCUCAAGAACGUGAUGCAGACUGCAUUUCAGGAUUUGGACGACUACCUCAGGCGGGGAUAAGAAAAAGACUACCUUCCUUCCAUUGUCGACAAGGCGAGUAUUAUAAUAAUACGGUUGACUCGAUUCUCUUGUGUUACGUUGUAGACCGUCUUUUGUUUUGUGCUUGGUCGUUAUUAAUUCUUUUGUUUUGUGUGGUGCAAGCUUCAAUACCUUGUAGUUCUUCUUAAUGUUUUCGAAGAAGAGGUUUAACUUCGGUAGUUAAUUGCUAAAAAAAUUGGUCAAAGAACCGGUCAUGUAAAAUUUGCAAAGAAAAAAAAAACCAUGGAUUAUUUGUCAUUUUCCUGAAACAUAAUAAAAUUUUGUGAAACUU